AUGGAGAAGUCCACGUUGGCUGAGGAGGCUAUCCAGCCCACCGGCUACAAUGAGUAUGAUGCGCCUCCCAAGGACGAAAUCCAGCUCAAUGUGGGUGGUCGCGGAGCGACGCAACGCCGCCUCCGGAACUACCAUGUCACCAUGAUUGGUUUCUGCAGUGGAAUUGGCACCGGUCUGUUUGUGGGAACAGGCGCCGCGUAUGCCAAGGCCGGUCCAGCUGGCUUGUUACUGGCAUAUAUCGUCGUGGGCCUGGUGCUAUGGUGUGUGAUGCAGAGCAUCGGCGAGCUGGCAACGCUACUGCCCACAGCCGGAUCCUUCCCUCACUGGGCCACUCGCUUCAUCGAUCCGGCUGUCGGGUUCUCGCUAGCCAUCUCGUAUGGAUACUGUUAUACGAUUGCCAUCGCCUCGGAGGUCUCCGCUGCUGCUGUAAUUGUCUCCUAUUGGACUGACAUCACACCGGCCGUGGUCAUCACGGUGGGUCUAGUGCUGAUCCUGGCCAGCAAUCUAAUGAGUGUGCGGUUCUAUGGCGAAACAGAAGUCUUUGGCGGUGCGGUCAAGGUCCUCUGCUUCCUCGGCUUAGUGAUUGUAUCCAUUGUGAUCACGGCUGGUGGCGCGAACAACGAUAGCAUCGGCUUCCGCUAUUGGAAUCACCCUGGACCCUGGACGAAUUAUAACGGCAUCACCGGUCCCACGGGUCACUUCCUGGGCUUCCUGUCGUCCUUUGUCAACGCCUCCUUCAGCUUCAUCGGUGUCGAGACCGUGGUCAUCACCGCCGCGGAGUCGGUCAAUCCCCAUCAUGCUAUCCCCAAGGCUGCCCGCCGUGUGACAUACCGCAUCGCCUUCUUCUAUAUCCUUGGUGCCCUGCUGAUUGGUAUCAUUGUCGAUCCACGGAACCCAGCCCUCGUCUCGGGCUCUGAUAACGCGAACAGUUCACCCUUCGUGAUCGCCAUCAAGGAGGCCGGCAUCAAUGCCCUGCCGUCGAUUGUCAAUGCAUGCAUUCUUGUGGCCGCAUGGUCCGCCGGUAACUCGUACUGCUGGGUGGGCUCACGCAUGAUCGUGGCCAUGACCACGGACCACCAGCUACCGCAAGUGUUCGGCCGCGUUACCAAGAAAGGCGUGCCCUACGUCGCUGUCAUUACCGCCUGGCUGUUUGGGCCCUUGGCGUACCUGAGUCUCGGCUCUGGCGGUGCAGCGCAAGCGUUUUCCUGGCUUCUGAACCUCAGCACGGUGGCUGGAUUGAUCGCAUGGGCAACGCUCUCCUUCUGCUACAUUCGUUUCCACGCCGCGAUGAAAACGCAGGGUAUCUCCCGUGAUACCCUCCCUUGGAAGGCACCGCUGCAACCGUAUGCUGCCUGGGUAGGAUUCAUUGGCUCAACCAUUAUCACGUUGGUUGCUGGAUUCCCCGUCUUCUUGAAGGGUAAUUGGUCUGCGUCGGACUUUGUGGCGUCGUACAUCGGCAUCCCCAUCUUCAUUGUACCGAUCAUCGGAUGGAAGCUCAUCAAACGUACCAAGUUUGUCCGAGCUGCCGAUAUGGAUUUGUGGUCGGGCCGUUUGCAAGAAGGGGAGAUCCUGGUGCAAAGACGCGCUCCCGAGACCCUUUGGGAACGCUUUGUGGACUGGCUUGUAUGA